CGACGUUGGUUCUUUGCCACAACUCAUCGGAAUGUCGGAGUUUCAAAGUCGUUCUGUUCUUGACUCAUCACUAAACCUUGCAAACAGGGACGCCGACGCCAACGAUGUCGACCCGCUCAAGAACAAAAUCAGUGUCUACUACGAAUAAUGUCAAGUCACGUUCAAACAAGGAUAGUCAGCUAAAAUCUACCAGGUUACGCGCGAGAUCCCUGAAGAGCGAGGACCAUAUGAGCGAGAUGGAAAAAGAGACCAAUAUCGGCAAUGAGAAGCCUAUCAAGGCCGCCCAGGACGCCCAGGACAUACAGCCAAAAGAUAAAUGUACAUUUUGUAUUUGCCAUGAACCAGAUGAUGGUACGCCCAUGGUGUGCUGUUCUGUCUGUAAUGAGUGGUAUCAUUUUCGUUGUGUGAGGCUUGAUGAAGUAGAGGCUUCUGAACUUCAUAUUUAUGUAUGUUCUACAUGCACUGAAUUAACUGGCCGACGUACAGUCAUGAAGUGGGAAGAACCUGAUGUAGCGGAAGAACACGCCGACCCUGAACACGAUGAGGCCAAAACUGUCAGGCUCCCGACGCCACCUCCGGCGAUUCCCCCAUCAGAAUCGGAGGACAAUACAGACAGCGAGGACGAAUACAUUGCGGAGCCGGAGAAGUUUAGGAGGAAGGGAUCAUCAUCUGCCAAGCGUCGUCGCAGAGUUUCCAGUUCCAGCGAAUCGGACGCACAUUCCAACGUCCGUGAAAGUGUCAACGCCCGAGAAUCUUCCCACAAAGCUGGUCCAUCUCAAGAAUCAUCAGCCAGGAAGGCGUCUCUCGUCCCAAGCUCUGGUCUCAAGCGAAAGGCGACGAGCGCCACCCAGCCUCCUGUUCCUAAACGUAGGAGAUCCAGCGAUGCCGCUGCUGAAGAUGAUCCAGCAAGAAAGUACUGUCUUGGAAAACUCCAUCAGCUGUUUUGUUCGAUUUUUUUGAAGUACCCACAUGCUGCUGCGACAGAGGAUGGCAGUAAGGCCGAGCUCAAUGAGGGUGAAUUAAGUGAUGAAGAUAAGACGCGCUUAGAGGAAGAGGCGAAGGCGUUUGCUUCUGAGGUUGAGCAAUGCGUAUUUGAUAUGUACUGCGAACCAGACAAGCACAACAAGCUCAGUGUUGGGCCGAAGUAUAAGGAGAGGUUUCGUAUGCUUGACUUUAACCUUAGCAAACCAGAUCGUGUGGUCAUUCACAAGCGCAUUAGCUCAUCCUCUAUCACACCAAAGGAACUUGCCCUCAUGAGCUCGACUGACUUAGCGAACGAAGAGACGAAACAGUCGAUCAAAAUAUUGGAGAAAGAAUCUCUGGAACAUUCAAUCUUGCAAAAGUCAACUGUUCCUCGUGCAAAGAUCACUCAUAAGGGCCUGCAGGACAUUGAGGAUGUGAAUGGUGAUGUUGCGAUGCGCGAGCGCGAGCGUGAGAGGGAGCGUGAGAGGGAGGAGGAAGAAAGACGAGAGAGAGAACGGCAGGCACGCUUGAGGGCCGCCGAGGAGCAGCAGAAGCAGCGUGCGUCUGCAGCUGCUCAGGGAUCAGCGCCACCUGAGUCUCCAGUCGUACCUCAUACCUCGAGUUGGGGAGGGCAUCCAUCUGUGCCCAUCCAUUCAAUCAACCAGUUUCCAGCAGGCGAUGACAGACCUCCCGUACAUCAUUUGUUCGCAUCUGAUUUCCAUACGAUGCUCCCGGAGCCGGAGCUUGAUAUCGCGGAUCUCAUCAAUUUAGAUGAUGAACCAGGCCCGCAAGAUUCAUAUACAGAAAGGCUGGAGACUCCAGCAUUGGAGACUCCCAUGCUUGCUACAGACGGCGCGCCUUGUGCAAGCCCAGAGCCCGCACCUCCCGCGACCCCAGAAACCGUACCUUCUGAGGCCACAGAGCCUGCGCCUACUGUUGCCUCAGAGCCUGCACCUGCACCCUCCGAAUCUCCUGGCCUCCAUUGUGCAACUUCGGCUACAUCCACACCCGCCCCCUCGCUUAUAUCGAAACCUGAGACACCUGUCCGCACAUCUUUCGACCUCAACACUUUAUGGUCAGCUCCGUCAGCAGCACCUCCUGAGCCCGUAUCAGACCUUGGAGUUUCACGAGAGUCGCAAGUGGAGGCAGAUCUCAUCGCCGCAGAAGCUAACGAUGAAGAUUUUGAUAUGUUGUUAGAGAAGGAACAUGAUCUGGAGCCUUCACAGACGGAGCAGCCUCCUCAAGAUCCUGAAGCAGUCUUCGACGCUCUUCCUCUUGUUUGGAGUGGCAAGAUAUCCAUGCCUUUAGAAUCUUCAACUCUUCAGGAAGCACCCGUGGUUGCGCGGCAAGUCGGAGGACGGAUUUUGGGUCACGAUUCUGAUUUAUGGAAGACCCUCUUCCCUUCCGAUAUUCUCCGCAUCGAUGGCCGUGUUCCUACAGAUAACUCUUCGCAUUUCCUCCUCCAAAUGCGAAUGAAUUCACAAAAGGAGCUCAUUGCCUGCGCGUUUUCCACAGUGGAGGGAAACCCAAUGCUGCAGACGUUCAGCGAAUUCCUUCUCAAUAAAAACCGCCAUGGAUUAGUGUUUCCUUGGGGUAACCGACCGAAGGACUACCACCCCGGCAAGGAACUAUACAUGGUCCCGCUGCUCGCAAGCUAUCCUUUGCCUGACUUCGUCGAGCUUAUGGAUAAUUUAUGCCUUCCAAAAACCCGCAAGUCGAAUUAUGUUAUCGGUAUCUGGGUCUUAACGAGAGGGAAACUCGCCCCGCCGCCGCCGGCACCACCAUCUGUGCCCCAACAUCCUGCUCAGGUUAUCCCGCCGCAAUCCCCUCAUAUGCCCACUGCUACCAAUCAUCCUAUUGGCCAACCAAGCCCUUCUGUAGCCUCUCCUGUACCACAUGUAUCUGCGCCUACACCCUUACCUGUAUCUGCAACCAUCAAUGCGCCCCCACUUACUGCCCUGCAGCAAGCUUACCCACAGCUUGCUAACACGUCCCUCGCAGCAGAGGUAGCUUCCCUCACGCAGGAACAGAUACACAUUGUAUUAAGAACCCUAUCUGCGGAUUAUGGCAUGGGUGUCGGUAACUAUUCCACACCACCAACCGCACCAGCUGCCUCUAUAGUAGCUACACCGCCUCAGCUAUGGAACAACACCCCGCCCAGUUUUCCAUCACAACCAUUCGCUACAGGAAGCGUUCCUCCUGUGAGCCAUCCUCCUAGCCAUCCACGGGCGGCUCUACCUCCAUCGCCUAUGCGCCCUAAUCCCAUAUCUCCACCAACGGGUCCUGCACGUGGGUCUUUCAACAAUGGGCCGUACAAUCGGGAUCGAGAGUUUCGUCAUGGCCCAGUUCCCCAUCAUGAUAGACCAGAUCGUGGAGGAUGGACGAAUGGUACGCGUGGACGGGGCAGAGGCCGGGGACGAGGGAGAGGGGAUGGACCACACCGUCCUCAGGAUUCAGGAUGGCAAAGGAGUCGGACUCGUAGCGGACCAGACUAUGAAGAACAUUCGCCUCAACGAGGCCAAUGGGACGGUCAGCCUCAUCCUAGGUGGUGAUGUGCGUUGCGUGAUUAUCGCACUUUACAUAAGUUAUUACUUUUGAUAUGGUUUGCCUCGAAUAAUAUUCGUUUUGUACGUAUGUACUUGUUGACUUGUAAACCGGUUACUUGUAAAUGGCGCCUGUCUACGCUGCCCACCGAUCCGCAUCGCAAGCCUGGCC